CAUAGGCAGGUUCUUCUUAAUUUUAGAUGUGUUGGGAUGUAUAAUUUAAUUUAAGAUGAUUUUCUUUAAGGUGAUUUCACUGCAGUUCUCCAUCCCUCCAGAUCAGUAGGUGUCAGUAAUGCUCUUGUAGUUGUUCUGCAGCCUCCAUAACCUGUAAAGAAGAAGGAGAAGAAGCUGUACAGUAGUGGAGAUUCUCUGGUUCUACAGCUGGAGUGUUUUUGGGGGGUUUGGUUCCACAUCUCUGGAGGAACAGGAUCAGCUGAUCUAUAGAAGAACAAAUGGACAUUCCUUCUUGGUUGAUGUUCUUCUUCACAAACAACUAAUCAGUCGAUUCCACAAAGAUCUGUAAUGUAAUACCUGCAAUAGUUGUUUGCUACAUCUCUCAGAAAAAUGAAGCCAGACCAGGAGAAAACUCACCUCUGUUCAGAGUGUAAGAAGAGUUUUCAUCAACUGAGUGAUCUGAAAAAACACCAGCGCAUUCACACAGGAGAGAAACCGUAUCACUGUUCAGACUGUGGAAAAUGUUUUAAUCAACAGAGUACUCUCAACAUACACCAGCGCAUUCACACUGGAGAAAAACCACAUCACUGCUCAGAGUGUGGAAAGAGUUUUAAUCAACUGAGUAUUCUGAAAAAACACAGACGCAUUCACACAGGAGAGAAACCGUAUCACUGUUCAGACUGUGGAAAAAGUUUUAAUCUGCUGAGUACUCUCAUCACACAUCGGCGCAUUCACACAGGACAGAAACCAUAUCACUGCACAAAGUGUGAAAAGACUUUUAAACAACCGAGUCAUCUCAACACACACCUUCAGUCUCACACCGGAGAGAAACCGUAUCCCUGCACAGAAUGUGGAAAGAGUUUUAAUCAACUGAGUCAUCUCAACAGACACCGUCGCAUUCACACAGGAGAGAAACCGUUUUAUUGUCCAGACUGCGGGAAGAGUUUCCCUUAUCAGAGUGAUCUCAAUGUACACCAGCGCAUUCACACUGGAGAGAAACCGUAUUACUGUUCAGAUUGUGGGAUAAGCUUCAGGCACUCGCAUACAUUAAAGAAACACAAGUGCGUUCAGAGCAGUGACAGAAAAUAACCCAACAACACUCUUAUUAUGGAUUGUUUUACACAUGUUCAGGGGUUGGACAAUGAAACUGAAACACCUGUCAUCAUUUUAGUGUGGGAUUUUAGGUUUCAUGGCUAAAUUGGAGCAGCGUGGUGUUCAAUCUUCAUUAAUUGCACAUUGUACCAGUAAGAGCAGAGUGUGAAGGUUCAAUUAGCAGGGUAAGAGCACAGUUCUGCUCUAAAUAUUGCAAUGCACACAACAUUAUGGGAGACAUACCAGAGUUCAAAAGAGGACAAAUUGUUGGUGCACGUCUUGCUGGAGCAUCUGUGACCAAGACAGCAAGUCUUUGUGAUGCAUCAAGAGUCACGGUAUCCAGGGUAAUGUCAGCAUACCACCAAGAAGGACCAACCACAUCCAACAGGAUUAACUGUGGACGCUGUAAGAGGAAGCUGUCUGAAAGGGAUUUUCGGGUGCUAACCCGGAUCGUAUCCAAAAAACAUAAAACCACGGCUGAUCAAAUCAUGCAGAAUUCAAUGUGCACCUCAACUCUCCUGUUUCCACCAGAACUGUCCGUCACCACAAUCAAUUACUGUGCUCUAAAACCAGGUGUUUCAGUUUCAUUGUCCAACCCCUGCAUAUCCUUGUGGGAUAUUUGACCUUUUAUAUAAUGGAUCACUACAGCUGUGUUACAGUGUUACAAGGCCUUGUUUUGCAGACAACUGAGAUGUUGUGCUGAAGGACAUUAUCAGACAUUAUCAAUUGAGAGCUUGGUUAUAAUUUAUUUGACAGAAUCUGGUUGUUUCCCUGACAGCACAGAACAAUAAAUAAUAAAACUUAAUUUAAUUGGUUGCAUUACAUAUUUUAAAGUUGAUGAUAGAAACCAACAUUUAAAACAUAAUCUAUUUAAUAUUAGUUAAGGCAUCAGUUAAUGUUAGAUUUUUGACAUUAAAUUAUUGUUUAUUUAAAGGUUCUGGUUGGUUGGGUCUCUUCAACACUCACUUUUAGUUAAAUGGUCCUUCCCACAAAUAAUGAUAUCAAUAAUUAUUUUUUAAAUGUCCUUUUCUGCACUGUAAGACAACUGUACAGGUUAUAAAAAUAGAAUACCAACAGUAUAUAGAUAUUUAUACUUGCACCUCCCAUCACUAUUUCACUAUUGUCUUGUAUCUCUUGUCUCACAUAUGUCUAUCUGUGUUCUUGUUAGGGCUGUCCCUAACGAUUAUUUUUUAAACGAUUAUUCUAACGAUUAUUUUUUUCGAUUAGUCGACUAAUCUAUUCAUUGAGAAACAUAUUUAAAUAAUUAUUAUUUUACGUUUUAAAGCAAACGAUAAAUUACUAUAUUUAUAUAUAAUAACAACAACAACAACACAAGCCUACUAAACCAAACCCCACACUUAUAAUCACUUACAUGUACAGCACGUUGUUUAGAUCUAUAACGCUAAAAAUGGAUAAGCUCCCAUACACCACAACCGUGUGUUGUUUUCUGUGACCGCUAGAUUUUGUGACCACUGGCAAGUAGUUCUCAGCAGACCGGUGCACUGGCCGAUUCGAAACGUGUUCGUUUCUAAUGUUUACCCCGACUGGCCAAAACGGUUCAGUUUAGGGCUGAGGGUAAGGUGUAGGUAUAGAAAGCUUCCGUUUUGCCAAUGAACGCUCAUAACCGUGAGCACUGGUCACAAAAUUCCGACGGUGACAGAAUACGGUGUGACACCGCAGCGCCAACGGCGCUAGCUAAAAUAACUUAAGGCAGCUAGCUUAGCUAAACACCUGAACUUAUGAAUAAUGCUACUGUUUCUGGAAACUAUAUAUAUAAAUAUAAACCAAAAAUGUAUAAUUUCUGCCUGUGGCAGGUUUAAAACCUUUGGUAGACAGCCUUAAGUCUUUUUAAGGACACCCGCGGAGACCCUGAUGUAAACGGUAACUUACUGUGUGACCCUGUUGACAUAGUGCUCCUUUUGCACAUAUGGCAGAGGACCACAUUGUUGCCCUUUUGCGUGAAAUGCUCCCAAACUUUAGAUGCCCGCUGGCGUUUUUUUGUAGCUGGAGAUUGCUCUCCGGAGUCCAAGCUCUCUAGAGCUUAGAUUCUCUGCCCGAACCCGACAUGACCCGAGGCCCGCCCGUAAAUCCGACCCGGGCUCCAGAAAAUAGUCCGAGAUGUAGGCGUCUGUUUUUUAAUUAUAUUUUUAUUAAAAAAAAAAUAACGAAAAUAACGAAAACUGAAAGUGAAACUAAACUAAUUUAUUUAUAAGCGCUGUUUUCACUACCGCAGUUCUACAGCGGGGGUGUUGUGCCGAUUCUGUCCGCGAAGCGGGAGUCAGAUUCAGCAGAGAGUCGGAUUCGGCACAAACGCGGCGGCACCUCGCGGUCCGCGGUGUCAGUUGUAAGCGCUCGCGCUAGCCGCAAAAUACGGCAGAAAACACUGAGGGAGCUGCAGAAUUAUGAAUGGGACUAGAAUAGGAGCACGAGGAGAUCAAAGAGAACCUUCACCUGUGAGUAGUUCUCACCAGAACACGCAAAUCUCUCUCUCUCUCUCUCUCUCUCUCUCUCUCUCUCUCUCUCUCUCUCUCUCUCUCUCUGUGUCUCUCU